UUCAGGCAGAAAAGGGCUCGAACUUUGAAGUUCUGAACUUCGAGAAUACCGUAGCAGCCAAAUGGUCAAGAAAGUCGCCACCACUACUUCGCUUGGAAAAUGUCAAUGCGGUGGUGGCAGCAGAACAGCAGAAUUCAUGCACCCUUCCUGUGAUUAUUGGAUAAGUGGUGACUUGUUGGAUGGGUUUCAGCUCCAACAAACUCUGAUGCUGCGCCAGCUGCUGCAUUUGAAGAAGAUAUGGGACCUCUUAUCAUGAGUUGGCCCUGCCUGUGAGGUGAUCGAUUAGGAAUACAAGGACACACAUGCCUUCAAAGGGCCCCUACUGGCCAGCUCCGCCCCACUUCCUGUAGACUGUCUGGAUCUUCAGUUUCUUUCAUCUGUUUAGAUGUUCGGAGGGAUGGCGCUUCGGAAAGCCAUCAUGCGCUGCUUACAGGAUGGUCAGCAGCGAGCCAUGUUGGGCUCCUUAGAGCUGGCUUUCACGAGCACACCAUCAGUGUGUUUGCGUGCGUCUCCAAAAGUGACCAAGACAAGUGAUCCAUGGAGUGCUCAUGCUGGUGCAAACCAUGCCAGUCCACCAACACUGCAGGCGGAUUCAGAUAGUCUGGCACGCUAUUUGCUGGUUCCUGAAGAGCGCUUGUCAGUUACUCGGGGUCUCUCAACACCAUCCAUGAACACAGCCCGGCGAAAGUUCUACUCAUUUUCACACACGAGCCUGCCAGCGGACAGCUCUCAACCUUCUGAACCGUCAAUGUCCACAAUUCCCUUGAACGAAUUCCAUGAGUUAGCCGACGAAACCCUUCAUCGGUUACAAGAAGCUGUAGAGGAGUUUGUGGAAGACCAGGACGUUGAUGGGGCUGACGUAGAGUACUCGACGGGUGUCCUCACAAUCAAGCUCGGAGGACUGGGGACUUACGUCAUAAACAAGCAGACCCCAAAUCGGCAGAUAUGGUUUUCUUCGCCAGUCAGCGGACCUGCACGAUUUGAUUGGUUGCCAGAGUCGGAGGCGUGGGUGUACAGAAGGACGAAGGCCGAGCUUUUGAGAGUUCUCGAAGAAGAGCUUGAACAACUCGUGCACGCCAAAAUACAUUUGCGUUAGAUUUAACGAAGAGUACUAGUUUCGCGGACUAGCUGGCUGACUUAGAGAGGGUCUCAUAGGCAUUAGAGACAGAAUCCAUUCCCACAUAGGGCGGGUGCACUGCAUAUCUUAACGGCUGGCUGCUCUGGACUGAGAAAAUGGUCGAGCUGCAUACGUUUGGUAAGCUGCUGCAGGAAAAGGGACAAAGGUCUGAAAAGACGUCUCAGUACCAUUUUGGCCGUUGCUAGGUAGUACAAGAGCGGGUGACGAUAGUUGGACUAGCUUGAGCUUGGCGCGCAGAUCAGCAUUGUUCCUGGCACAACCUGCAAAUCCAGUCAGCUGGACGGCAAGGGAUGAGAGUCAUCCAGCCCAAUGCAAUUGACAGGCUCAAACUGCACUCGUGCCACGGCCCUAGAUCACAAGAGCGCUUAUGCGCUAACUUGAAAUUUUACAUAGGACUGCUGGCGCGACCAUCAAACAGCAUGCCUAGUGGAAAACUUAAUUUCCAUGCGACGGCAUACGGCGAGAUGAGCUCCGAUCAAUCGCCG